GAGGAGGGCCCCUCCUUAUGUAUAUUCAUAUAGGAAUGACUCUGACCCCAGCAGGUCAGUUCAACUGGUGAAGUAAUUGUCACCCACUCGGUGCUCCUGGGGAGAGUGGAGACUGCCACUGCAACUAAUCCAGCCCAAAGAGCUGGUUUGACCCUACAGACGAGGAAAAUACUUGGACUAGUCUUAAUUAGAAAAGAACUGAAGGCUUCACAAGUAAUGCCAGUCUUAGAGCGGUUCCUUGGACACUUGCCAGAAGUUAAUGUUGGCCUCCCACCUUCUUGCCUGAGGAAAAGGGAGGAACUUGAUGUGGGUGUUAGCCUGUCAUGGGGAGAAAGGAGCAGCUUAGGCCUGUACAGGAAGCCGGGUUGGGUGGAUCUGCUUGGCAUUUCUUCUUCCUGGUGAAACAUCUUCACCACUUGAACUCUGGUCCGGCCAGCGCUGGAAUUCUGCUUGUCUUUGAAUCUCCAUGGCAACAGCCCAGGCCUCUCAUAUGACCUGUGACCUCAGCCAUUGUCUCUUUGAUCCUUACUCUCUGAAUUCGGAGCCCGACACAGAUUGCAACAUGGGCAGCGUGGGGAGCCUUGUCGAAAAGCAGGAUUUCUCGACAUCUGCACCCGGAGGUCUGCGCGGGAUGCGUCAGCCUGAUGGGUUGCUUCGUAAAGGAAUGUCCCAGAGGGAAGUCUUUGGCUACUUGCACGGGGGCAAAAGGGAUGCUCGGUCGGAAAAGAAGCACCAGUCAUCAGGCGGUGGCUUUAAACGGGACUAUGAGAGCGACCGGGAGAACCAGUCCCCAGAGCGGUACUUCCGAGACAAUCAACGGGGGCAAGAUUUUUCCAAGAGUUCCUUGCCAGAACGUGGACGCUUUGACAAGUGUCGGAUCAGGCCCUCGGCUUUCAAGGUAGUGUCUGGGAAGAGCAUGCUAUCCAUGCAGGGACUGUCAUCAGCCAAAGGGCAGAAGCUCUCAAAGAGCAAUGGAAGUCUCCACACCAUCUUGACACAGAGCAGCACCGGCAGCUCCUCGCAGUGUGGUCCUCUGCGCAACCACCUGCUGCAUACCAUCAGCCUGGACGAGGGCACCAACUCCAUCCAAAGCUUUCCUACUUACAACCCCCGCUUCAAACCUGCUCCAAACCAGCUCAGUGCUUCUAUAGGUCACAUCAAUCACAUUGGUGGUUCAUUAGACCGGGCCUCUCGGAGUCCACGGGAUCCCUUAGCUGUAGAGAAAGCACCACUCUCUUGCAAGAGCCUGAGCCGGUUGCAGAGCUCUGGGGAGCCACCCCCACCAUAUGAGCCCACUUACUCCUUGGAAGGGGUGGUAAAGCAACUUGAGGACCGGCUGAGUGAGAAGGGCAUGGAGCUCCGCCAGCUUAAGAGGAACCUGAGUGAGAAUGAUGACCCCUUCACACAGAUGUUUGAGGACAAACAGCGUUUGUGGAUGGAUGAGCUGGAAGACCUGAAGCAGAUGUACCUGGCCAAACUGCAGCAGGUCAUGCAACAGGCUCAACGCAGCCAGCGGGCUCUUCAGCUACAGCUCUACAAAGCACAUCAGGAGAAGAAGCGGCUGCAAGAGGAGCUGGAUCUUCUUCAGAGCCAGUGUGAGGAGCUGAGGCUACAGCAGAAGCAGGCAGAACGCCUGAGUCCCAAGUUGGAGGAGACCAAAUGGGAGGUCUGUCAGAAGACUGCAGAGAUUUCAUUGCUUAAGCAGCAGUUCCGAGAUGCUCAGGAGGAAAUGGCCCAGAAGCUGAGUGAAAUUUUCAGUUUGAAAACACAGUUGCGAGAAGCCCGAACAGAAUUGCACGCCAAGGACUCACAACUGGCACAACUGGGGGACUCUCUCCAAUCUGUCUCAGAGCAUGGCUCCCCUCUUCCACCCAGGGACUCCCCUAUGCAGCCAUGCCAGGACUUCUUGGGUUGUGAAACAGAUGACUCUAAAUGUCGGGAAAAGCAGGGGGAGAAUGCAGAGGGCACUGAGUGGCUAUGGGCAGAACUGCUACGGGAGAGGCGCCAGGCCCAGCUACAAGUGGCAGACUUUGAGCAAGAGCGAAAAACCUGGCGUGAGGAGAAAGAGAAAGUUCUGCGCUAUCAGCGAGAGAUUCAGGCCAGCUAUAUGGAGAUGUACCACCGGAAUCAGGCUCUGGAAAGGCAGCUGAGUGAAUUCCGGCAAUAUCAGGCUGAGCCCAGAGGCAUCAACUCAGAAUCACCUUGGAUUGAGAGAGUUGAGUCCUCAAAGAUCUGAAGACUAUGUGAGAGAGAGGCCCUGCAUUCUGGGUGGCAAAGGCAAUAUGCUGCAACAUGGACCACAGGAUUUGAUAGAGAAAACAGUAAAGAGUCUUGCUAGUCAGGUUCAGAAGCCUCUUCCUGUAAUAAUGUAUAGGAGAGUGUGGACUGUAGUCAUUGAUGGAAUGGAGUCCUAGCAUUACAUCUGGUAUAGCCGGUCUGAGUCUCUCUAUGAAGGUAGAGAAGAUCAAGAUAUAAAAGUGUUUUUUUAAAAAAAAAUAUUUUCUAUUUGUCCAGAUGGACUGUUGUUGGCCUGUCACAGGUGUCCUGGAGGGCAGGAUGCUUUCUUGUCAUGUCCUGUUUUGUGUCCACAUUGGCUCUGCCUAUCGAGAUAAAAGGCUUAUUAUUGGGGAAUGUGAAUUACCAUGACUGGGAGCUACAACUACUCCUGAUAAGAUCUGACAGAGAAAACUAAUAAGAGUAUUGUGCUGACAAUUACUGGGUUCUUGUUGGUUUUGUCUCUUUAAUUUUGUUGUGCAGGAAAGAGAAGGUUGACGGCAAACCAACUGAAAUCUGUCCUGAAGGAUUUGUUUUUCAUUCAUCUGGCUUGUUUUCAAGGUGUGCAAAGUUUUGAAACUCGAACAUGGUUGUGUAUGCUGUACAUUGUGACUGAUAGAGAGCCUUCUGUGUUUGGCUCCAGAAAGCACAAGAAAAUGAAGCAUCAACAUCAGCCUCACUGGCUUCUGAAACAAUAAACAAACGAACAAACAAACUUGAAAGCCAAGCCAGCACAGCCACUCAAAAGGCUGUGAAAACAUUACCUGAGCUGAGUCUUGCCUCUGUGGGCACUACUUUUUCCUGCACUCUGUUGCUGCUUGGUGCCGAAGUUCUGGAUUUGAAGGUUGUGCCAGAGUGGAGAGCUCUACAGUGGAAGCUCUACCUGGCAAUAGCUAGAAUAAAGUAUCUGCCUGACA